AGUACGGGAUGUGAAAAGACCCCAUCCGAACUCCCAGAGAACUAACAGCAGCCAGAAUAGACUCUGCUGACCCUGUAGAGCGGUGGUCUGACUCAGAACAUGGCAGCAAAGCUUCAUUGUGUCUGCCUGCCCUGCCCUUAAAACCUGACCAGCAUUAUUGGAAGACGAGGCAAAAAUGUAUUAGUUGGAUGGGGGAUGGUUAUUUCAGAAGAGAGCAACUAGUUCUGCCCUUUAAGGAAGAGAGGGCAUUUCAUAUUCUCCUGUAUGUUUCUACCUUCUCUUGCCACUCAUUUGAGGGAUUCUACUGGAGAACCUUAAGAGCGGUUUGUGAAAUGCCUCUUCAUUUAUCUCUAUGGUCCCAACGAAGGAGCGGAAGGUGGUAAAUCUUUCUCUUCCGGUGACGUAAAAGGCGCUCGCGCAGUAGAAGUUGGUUGUCUUUUGGUCGGUUGUCGCAGCCUUCACGGUGGUAUCUUUUGUUUCCCGGAGAUCGAAGCGAGGAUUCUGCCUAGACCGUUGCCAUGGCGAUGCAAGCGGCGAAACGCGCGAAUAUUCGUCUGCCCCCUGAAGUCAACAGAAUUUUGUAUAUCAGAAAUCUGCCAUAUAAAAUCACAGCUGAAGAAAUGUAUGAUAUUUUUGGAAAAUAUGGACCCAUUCGACAAAUCAGAGUAGGAAAUACUCCUGAGACUAGAGGAACAGCUUAUGUUGUUUAUGAAGAUAUCUUUGAUGCAAAAAAUGCUUGUGAUCAUCUGUCAGGAUUCAACGUGUGCAACAGAUACCUUGUGGUCUUGUACUAUAAUGCAAAUAGGGCAUUCCAAAAAAUGGAUACAAAGAAAAAGGAAGAACAGCUGAAACUUCUGAAGGAGAAAUAUGGAAUAAACACAGACCCACCAAAAUAAGACCCUUGGCCUUUGUCAGGAAACUGGGUAUACGGACAAUUAUUUUGGGUUUUUUCCCCCUUUAAUAUUUUAUGGACUGACAUUUCCCCACAAAUAUGCAUGUCUGCUUUAAAGCAUUGAAGUCUUUAGUGUUUGAUUUUUUUUUUUACAUAGAACACCACAUAUGAUAAUCCCAGAUGCAGAGGAAAUCACUGCUGUGUUACCUCCAGUGUCUUUUUCUAGUUGAUGUUUCAAAAUAAAGAGUAACGAAGGCAUUUGAUAUGCUGUUGAUGAAAUUUCCUGCAAAUCAGAGUUUAUACAAGGUGUUGUGCAUUGUUAAUAUAAUAACAAACCAUUACAAAGAAAGGAUUCUUGAAAAAAUGAGUUAAAUAUUGUAAAUUUAUUAAAAGCAUAUACAUUUUUUUCGAA